AGUGUAGGAAAAUCCCAGCCCUUGCACACUCAGCCUCCCACACCCAUCUACCUACCCACCCCGACACACUCAAGCCUCCCUGACCCACCUUGAACAUUCACCAGCGCACACUCCCUGCACAUUUCUUUCACGCUUAGCUUCUGCCAUCUCUUCCUGGGUAAUAUCGCCAGCCUUUCCUUAAUCCCAGAGCUGCAGACUUGCCCUGUCCCUCAACCCCAGCCAUGUCCAUGGAGCCACUGAAAUUCCAGGCAGUGGGUGAAGAACAUGAGGAGGAUGAAGAAGAGAGCCUGGACUCUGUAAAGGCGCUGACGGCCAAACUGCAGCUGCAGACACGGCGGCCCUCAUAUCUGGAGUGGACGGCCCAGGUCCAGAGCCAGGCCUGGCGCAGGGCCCAAGCCAGACCUGAGCCCGGGGGACCUGGGACCAUUUGCGGCUUUGACUCAAUGGACUCUGCCCUUGAGUGGCUCCGACGGGAGCUGCGGGAGAUGCAGGCACAGGACCGGCAGCUGGCAGGGCAGCUGCUUCGGCUGCGGGCCCAGCUGCACCGGCUGAAGGUGGACCAAGUCUGUCACCUGCACCAAGAGCUGCUGAACGAGGCCGAGAUGGAGCUGGAGCUGGAGCCGGGAGCCGGCCUGGCCCUGGCCCCGCCACUGCGGCACCUGGGCCUCACGCGCAUGAACAUCAGCGCCCGGCGCUUCACCCUCUGCUGAGGGGCACCCGCGUGCCUGCCUCGCCACCCGCUACCCAUUCCCCAGCCCACCUGGGAGGAAGGAAAGGAGGGGUGCCCCAGAGGAGCCAGCACCUGGAGACCGGUGGGGGGAGAGUCCGGGAGAUGCUCAGAGCUCUGGGAGCUUAAAGGCCCUGCAUCCUGUUGCCCCUGCUGCCCCAGAUCCGGGAGGGGGGACGGUGUGGAGGAAGGGGAGGAGUUCACAGACUCCCAGGCUCCUCAAUAAACCUCUGCUUCCCA